GCUCCGUAUCCAGAACUGCGGGUUCACAGCCCGUGCAAUCAUGGAGAAACCAACCUUGUUUUGACAGAAUGGGAAGGGUUUCGGAUUAUUUUAGACUUUCCCACCCAUCACUCCGAUCCCCCAGACGGAAGAAAGGACGCCCAUAGCAGGAUCGUAUCAAAUUCCCCCAUGUAAGAGCUGGGCUCAGUCACACCGGACCCACAAUGCCUCAUUUCACCAGGUUCUACUUCUAUGGAUGCAGUCUUGGACUGACCUGCUUUAUAUUGUCCUUCAGCUUUCACUGGUCGCAGAACUUCUUCUGGUCAAAGAGCCACCUAAUGAAGCAGGAGCAAACCCUCGCUAGUAGGGACCAGUUGCCUCGUGAUACUAUUACGCCAUUAAAGGACAACAAAACCUAUAUCAUCGCGCCAUACUACGACCACAGAGAGAGAAAUAUGAUCCGGAUUUUGGGGAUUGUCCACCAUACGGAAGUGAAGGAACUCUAUUGCUACUUCUCCUGUGCAAACACCACCGUCCGUGUUAAAGCAGAUAUCGAUAUGCAUCAGGAUCGUUUUGGAUUCCCCUACGGCCUUUCAGAUAUAAUCUGUAACGAGCCUACAGACUGUAGCCCGACACAUGUUGCCCUCGAUAGCUCUCCAACUGAAAACUUUGCAGAUCUCAUCAGUUUCCCCAUACAAAACAGAAACCCAGGCAGCCCUACAGCCAGCUUCACCGUCUGCUUCUCCGCCAUGUUUGGGAAUUACAGCAACGUCCUGCAGUUCAUCCAGACCGUUGAAAUGUAUAAGAUACUGGGCGCCCAAAAAGUCAUGGUCUACCUGAACAACUGUAGCCGACAGAUGGAGGAGGUCCUUCAGUACUACACUGAGGAAGGGACGGUGGAGGUGAUCCCCUGGCACAUUCAGCGAUAUCUGAAGGUCUCUCAUAAUUGGCGAUAUCCCGACGAUGGCACGGAAAUUGGUUAUUACGGGCAGAUAUCGGCGCUAAAUGACUGUAUUUACAGAAACAUGUACUCUAGCAAGUUUGUUGUACUCAACGACCAGGAUGAAAUAAUUCUGCCUUUCAAGCACCGGACUUGGGACUCAAUGAUGGAAAGUCUUCAACGGGAAAACCCCAAUGUGGGAAUCUUCCUCUUUGAGAACCAUAUUUUCCCACAAACUGUGGUUUCUGAUGGGAAUUUUACCAACACAUCCUCAUGGAACAGGGUCCCGGGGUCCAACCUACUGCAGUAUAUACACCGGGAACCGGACAGACCCGAUUACUUCAAUGCCCGGAAAAUGAUAGUGGAUCCAAGGGCAGUGAUCCAAACAUCUGUUCACUCUACCCUGAAACAGUACAAAAACUUUAAGAAUAUCCCUCUAGAAAUUGCCCUGGUCUAUCACUGUCGAGGCCCCCUGCAGGGCGACUUGAGUAGAUCCUCUUUAAUUAAGGAUGACAAUAUAUGGAGCUUUAACGAGCCCCUAAUUAGGAAUGUUAACAAUAUGCUGAACCGUUUUUUAACAUAGUUACAUUCAGAACCACAUAAAGUGGGUCCACAAUGCAAUGCUGCCUCCCAGGCUAAGAAGUCUUCUUCUGGGGUUCUGAAAACCCAGUGGCUUCUUUGUAGGUCAUCUGCUUACCUGCCUCCAACUAGCAACACCAGUACUCAGGAAACAUAGACUUUUCUAAGCAUACUUUUUCUUAUUUUCAAAAUAUUAGCAGUUUUUAAACUUCAAAUAUAAUGAGUUUGAACCACAGCACCACCUGCUGGUCAGGUCAUGCAACUGUCUACAGCCGUCUGAAAAUUAAAUCCCUGAGAAAAGAGACGUUUUGUGAUGUUGUAGAAUGGACCAGGGAGACUUUAGACGACUCUUCUCUGCUCACCAAUUUUACUUGGCAACUUCAAAAGACAUUUCUUUUCUCACAAAAAGAAUCUCUAGCCAGCCGAAGGCCAGCAGGUGGCGCUUUUUUAAAGAAGUUUGGUAACGGAGGCCCAGGGGUUUCAGAUCGAGAACCCAUUUGUGGAGGUGCUAUGGGAGUUGCUUGAAAGGUACAAACUCCUCUGUGUCUAUGAGAAUAAGCUUUAAAGCUCUAGGUUUUCUUUCACGUGUUUCUUUCAUGUAUGACUUAUAGCACUGGGGACCUGAGUUUGAAUCCAGCCAGGGCCCAAUUUACAAGAAAUAUGUCUGUUCUGCCCAUAUGCACCUGGAUUACUCUGCUUUCCUCCCACACUGCCAAAACAUACAGGCAGGUUCAUUGGCCCAAAACUGUGUGUGGAUAGGGCCCUUAGAUUGUAAGCUCCUCUGGGGCAGAGGUUGGUGGGAAUGGUGAUCUCUGUAAAAUACUGAAUAACAAAAGGAUAAUAAUAUUAAUAUAUCUACUGAUUUCACAUGAAAA